UUUCCAAUGGGUGUUGUAAAUGUCUUGAACUGUCAAUUUGACCCAAAAUCCGGGGAAAAUCUUCAUAAAUAAUCGUUAAAGUGGUUGUUUUCCUGGUUUUCGGAGUUCAGUAAAGGUUUUUAGUGUGGUGAUUGUGAUCAUAUGUGGAGUGGAAUGUGGAAUGGAGGUAAUGUGGAGUGAUUACGUUGGAUUUCAAUCGUCAAGUUUCCACAUUAAGGUGAACGAUGACAUCUGAAGAAUGCACACAAUAUUUUUAGAAUUAUGUAGUUUGCACGUUAGAAGACAAAACAGCAAGUCGGAACGCAUUAUGGAAGAAAACUCAAUGGUCCGUGAUCUCAUCACGAAGAUCCUUGAUGAAACUGGACCAACUGAAGGAAGCAGCUCCACACAAACAUCGGAAAAAACAGUAAGCGGAUUACCUCCAAACGCGCAAUACCCCAAAAGCGACGCGAACACUUCAUUCAUGUCACCAUAUUACCAGAAUAACCUUUACAACUUCGGCCAGAACGAACAGAACGGCUUCAAUUUCAGUUUACAAAACGGUUUUGGCAAUAACUUCGUCAAUUAUCCCGAAAAUGAUGCACUUUUGGGCUUAGAUACUGACCCCGCAUCAGACGUUACGCCAGAACAACUCAAUCUACUCAGGCUCGCCGCGCAAGAGAUUGGCGGGGCACAAUUCUCAAGUCCGAAAUAUGAUGACAAAUAUUACAAUUUCUUCGAACCGAGCCAAAGAAAUUCUCUACCUGAUACCAACAUGUUCCCCAAUAACUUUAGACCGAACAGUUUAAAUCUAGACAUGAAUUACAACGCAAACUGCGAUAAUUUCAAUAGAUACCCUAAUAAGUUCGAGAAUUUCAAAGAACAGAAUCAAGACGCUGAACUAUUAGCUUAUUUGAGUCAGCUGAACUUGUCUUUAGAGCGUAGAGAUGAUUCUGUACCGAACAAUAUGGAGUAUAAGCUACCGUUGGACAACGGUCAUUAUCCUAACGAAGAGUUUAACAAAAUGCAAGAAAACAAGAUGUUUUUCAAUCGAAAUUUCCAGCCGCCUCCGAAGAGCUUUAACGGCGAAAAUUUCUAUGAAGUGAUGUCGCAAAUUAACGAGCGAAACGCCGUCAAUCAGAAUUACGAUUUCGCAAACCAGACACCCGUUUCGAACUCGAAUAAUAUGAGUUUCAAGCCGAAUGGUUUUCAACAGAAUGAAUUUCUGCAACGUAGAGAUAUGAAUAUACCCCAAGAGUUUCGAAACGGUAUGAAUGAGCAAAGGAACUUUAAUAAUGGCGAUAAUGCGCAGGCUAUAAUGAGGCAGAAUCAGGAAUUGGCGCGGCAGAUGAGUCUUCUGAUAAGGAAUAGGCCUCCGCCAAAUCAGCUAAAUGUGGAUGUGUCUUUUUUGCCGGAAAACGCCCCUUUCAAUCUAGGUCUCGGAGCCCUAUUAGGCCCGAGUCCGCCGGUCCCACCGCCAGUGUUGCCAUCUCCAAUGCUGGACUUACCGCUACUAGCUCCUUUCUACGCUAUGAGGAAUAUGAGGGGUGCAGCAACGUCAUCCGGCAUACUCCACGCCCGCCUCGACGCCUGCUACGAGCAAUGGCGUCAGCUGGAGCGAGAGAGAAAGAGAACGGAAGCCCGUCUCGCUCUAGCGUACCCGGGGCGUGCGGUGUCCUCGUCCAACUCCAUCCCCGUGCCGAGGUUGCCGCCUUGUCCCACCAGGGUGGACAGGUUGACGGUCGAUAUGCUCAGGGAACAUACUAAGGUAUUAACUCUGAUGGGAAAGAUGGAGACACUCCGCGCCAGCGUAUGCGUGGCUCAAAACAAGAAGCCAAUGAAACAGGAGGAUAAUAAGAUAACAGUGCUCAAGCGAGGGGAGAAUGUGGAGAAAGAGAAGGAGUUGGACCCGGACACCUUCGAUCCGACCACUUGGAAGGAAGACAUUAAUAAUCUCGCUGAAAUCGCCCCGCACAGCGAGGUGGAGAGCGCGAUGCUGUCGUGGCGCGCGGCCGUCGGCGCCGUGCAGGCGGCGCGCCGGCGCGAGCUGGCGCCGCAUCAUGCGCGGCAUGCGCGGCACGACCCAAUCCUCCAACUAGCGGAAGCGGUAAAACAACUGGGUAUAUGCGCUCGACGAGCAAGAUGCGCGAUGUGGUGCGAUCUCACUCUCACAGUCGCUCUGGCGCCGCACUCCAACACGGCGGCCGCUAAGCGGGAACCCGCGGAGAGCGCCCCGCAGCCACAAAUACCUCCACCAGCAAAAAUUCAAGAGGCAGUCUCCGCUCAAGCGAAACCUUCGCCUUCGCAGCCCCAGACUGAAGCUAAAGAGGACAAACCUUCUAACGAAACGCAAGCAAAGACCGACACCAAACCGGAGGCGAAGAAACAGACGGACAAACAACAAGACAAGAACAACCAACGCAGGGCCCAGUACUACCGCAAGGUGAACCAAAGGGAUUUCUACCAGAAAAACCAAAGGUAUGAUAGCAGGUUUAUGCAUAACAGACACCCGUAUUAUUUAGCAACGGGUCCGAUUAAUUAAAUUGAAUUAUAAAGUGAUCGAAAUUGAAAUAUUUUGCACGUAAAAAGUUGUAUUAAAAUUCUGAGACAGAAUGGUUUAUGAGAAAAAAAUAUAAAAAGAUCGCCACAAAUUAAGAACCUCCUUUUUUUUAAGUCGGCUAAAGGUAAAUAAAUUUCCAUGAAAAGCUAUACUUAAUAUGAAAUGUUAUCAUGAUUUUAUUGCUUAAAAAUAACAACAUUCUUCAUUAAUUAAUUGCUCAUUCGAAUUUGAUCUUUGUAUUUUCAUGAUUAUCAGUAGUAGUAAAAAAAAAUAACUUUUUUUUAUAAUAUUGUAAUUGAAUCGAUAUGCACAGUGGCGCCCUCAUUUAAAAUAAAUUGUAAUGAAAUUUAAUUCUUAGUGUGUAAUACUUAGUUCAAUAUAUUUUUAGCAUUUGGUAAUUUUUUGGAACUGUCAGAUUCUAUAUAAUUUCAUAAACAACCUUUUCAAUGACAUGUUUAUAUAAAUUGACUGAAGAAUUAUUUCAAUUUUAAACACUUUAAUUGCUUACCUGUUAUUAUUAUUACAAGAACAGAUUAUGUAAACACCUUAUAUACAUUUAACAGUAAAAUGAAUCUACUUAUAUACUGUAUCAAAGAAUGUAUGUGCGAUAUUCUGAUUAUAAAUUUUUAAAUCAGUAUUCCCCAAUUCGACUUAAGAACUUAUUUAGAGCAAAAUUUGGCCGAAUUUCGCGGCGAAAAAACAAAUUAUUGUUGUCUCUUUCUAUUGUAGAGUUUAAAGGAUAGCAUUUGUAAGUUUUUCAUACCGGACUUUUAUUAUACAAUGUUCCAGAUAAUGUGUUAAUGUGAACAUGAAUUACUAAAUAUUUGAAAUUUUUUUACACGAUAUAUAAUUUAGAAAUUUUGAAAAUCAGAAUGUAUAAUUGUUUUUUCACAGUUCAUAUCGUAUAUGAUUAUUUUCACUUAACUAACAGAAUUUAAUAAAUGGAAAUGCAAAUAAAAAAUAAAUGUGUUCACAGUUUCAUAUAUUAUCUGGUAACUUGUAUAGUUUUCGAGCUAUUAUGAACAUGACAAUUUUACUAUCGUAUAGAACGGGUGUAGAAACGGCUAUGAUUCCAAAGCCUUCGAUUUUAAAUGAAUAUAUCCGAUUUUAUUCUAUAUAGUUUAUUGAUAGGUCGGCUUUAAGCAAAAGUUUUGUCGCAAUGUGAAGAAAAAUUUUUUUAAAACGUGCGUGGGAUUAUUUAUAAUAAGUAAAAUAAACACGAAGAAUUUGUAAUGCUAACCUACAUUAAUGUAAAUUAAUUUGAAACUUAAAAAAAAACAGUUUUUUAACGUUUUAUAAAACAAGAAAAAUAUUUUUCACUUCACGUUGAGUCAAAAUUGUGACCUAUUUCUACAAAGGGGUCGUUGCAAUCCUUUUUAUAUCAUAUCAAAAUAAUAAAAAAUAUAACGAAUUGCACUUUUUAAAAUAACUACCAUGCAUUUAACAAAGUCUCGAUUCUAAAAAGUGAAUUCGAUUAUGACUUACACAGGUUACAGAGACCAUAUAAUAUUAAAAAUAUAGUAUCUGUGUAUAGGUUAGUACAAUUGCCAGUAACUCCCAUAUAUAAUAUGCUUGCUGAGUUUUUAAAAGUAUUAAGUCUUAUGACGUGGCUAGUUCGUUGACAAAACUUGCCAAAUGAUUGGUGUGGGCGAAAAGUAAACGGCGUGAAGUGUUGCCAGAUGUUGCAUAAUAUUUCUACUAUUUAUUCAUAUUUUACGUCAUUUCGUAAGAAAAUUGUAGUUUAAAAAAUAUAGUUACAGUUUUCAUGAUGUCUUAUAUUUUUAGGAUUUAUUAGGGCUGCUUGAAUCUAUUAUUGUAUGAUACCAUACUUUAACUUUCAAAAUUAAAUUUCUAAUAUUUACGUACUUACACGUAAUGUCAAACAAGUUACUUUUCGCAUGCUAAUAAAAUACUCGUUACUUUGAUCUGUUUAUGAAAUAGAUAAAAAAAAUAAUUGUAUACCUACUUUUUAUAUACAGCUUCUAGUCACUAAAAUCAAUAGAAGACGUAAAAUGAAAAUUGUUACUAAAAACGGACUGAUCAUAACCAAAAUGUUUAUAAAUAAAUCGAUCGUUUCGCUCACACCAACACUUAAAGAACCUUUAAUAAAAAUGUGAUGUUUCUACGACUAGUUGACACUAUUUUAAUAUUAUCACGUUUCGUGCAAAGAUGUAUGCAAAAAAAAUGAAGUUAUGAACUACUAGAGUAUAAGCGUAUCACUUAUUUAUAACGUGAAUUAUAUGAAAUGAAUUUGUAUGGAUGUAGUGCUUUUAGAUAUGGGUAUGGUUAAUUAAAGGAAUUGAUGAUAGGCGUCGCUUCGGUAGAUUGGAUCGGCUAGUUUUGGUCAAUUCUUAAUUUUAAUUUGUGUACUAAACAAAAUAUGGUACUGAUUCCAUAGCACGUGUGUUUAUUAUAGUAAAUUUUUACGGCCAAAAUGUAGAAUUCUGAUUAUUACUGUCGGUUCCUCACGUCUAAUAGAUUAGUUAUUUUUUAGUCACUUUUUGCAUGUUAUUGAAGACUAAAGAAGUCUCAAUUUGGGUGUUACACCCCGUUGAUAUAUUUCGUAUCCCUGCUUACAGUAACUAAGCUUAUGCUUUAAAAGUGUAACAGUUUUUUCGAACGGUGCACAAAUAUUAUGUGAAAACUACCGAUAUAGUAGUUUUUAUAAAAUCUUCCAACAUAUGUUGAUGUUAGGUUUAAGUGAAGUUUAAUAUGUUUGUGAUUAACUAUUAACACUGUGUUUUCGUGAAAGGAUAAUCCAUAUGUGUUCUAAGUAUUUGGAAUUAUUUUGAUGCAAGUUUGAUAUAUGAAACUAGGGAUGUCAGUUCCAAAUUUAGUAUUAAAUCCAUUAUACCUAGUGAUGGUAGAAUGUUGACACAGUUCAGCUUGAUUUAAGAAUUUUCUCGAAGAAUAUGACACCUUACUUCGCCAAACACUCUCCCCAAAUCAGACCUUUUUUUGUUUGCGAGUUAUAUGUAUACAUGGAGUUUGUGCAAAAUUGACAAGAAAGUCUUCGUUAUAAACUAUAUUUUUUAUUUUACGAAGAAUUUUCAGUUUCUAAAGGCAACAUUGUUCAGUUUCAUAUAUUAAACUUGUGUAUUCAAAAUAGUUCCCAUUCACUGAACCUCAUAUUUACGCAUUCAACAACCGUAGGUACGUAAAAAACGAAGCUUUUCAGUUUAUUUUUUGAUUUUAGUUGAAAGUAGUGCCUUUCUAAAUACGUGCAUGCAUUUCAAAUCCCUUUACGAUGUACAAAAUUUUAAAAGUGUUGUUGUUUCAACGUUGAUUUUCUAUUAGAUUUUAGUUCACCGAUAUUAAGUUUUUUUUUUAUUUAUCACUCGAUAUGCAUUUCCGGUUGCGUGUCAAUUUAAAAUUUAAUUCAUAGUUUAUUAUGGACUUGUUAGUCGAUGGGGUUGGUAAUUUGUUAUAAACAUUCAAAUUGUCGAUUUUAAUUUCUUUUAGAAAUAUGCAUGUUUGUGACUGCGUUUCCACAUUGGUACUAGUUUGGAAAUUUGGUCGGUUAAUAUCUAAAGUAUGUAGUCGUAUUUGUUUAAUUAAUUAUUAACUAACUGCUUAAAAUGUGGGCUUCGUAAUUAAAAAAUACUAAUUCAAGAUCUUCAUUCAUAUAUUCAUUUACAUUGAAAAAAAAUCUUAUGAAGUUAAAGUGUUUGUGGGAAUUAUAUUUUUAUUUAUUAUACUUUAUUAAUUAUUAUCACAUAGUUAUUAAAUCUUACGAAAUGCCCAAACAUUAAAGCUAAUUCUGCUACUAUAACUUCCUUGAUAAUUAUUAAUAUUGUAACUCAACGCCGACCCCAUAUUGGAACUUCCAUUUCGUUAUAAAGAUGGAUAUUAGUACAAUCAAUUUGCACCUAGCAUACGAAUUUAGCAUAUAGUCAAAAAUGUAUUUGUCUAUUAUGAAUUUAGUUUGUUAGGAAAUUUUAGUAGAUUAUCAAUUGUUUCAUCUUGUUGAUCGAUUUUACUCAUUAUAUCGUAAAGUCUUCGUUUGUUCCUUCGUAAUAUACUGUUCCAUUGGAAACUAACAUUAUUUUUGGGCUUCUGAAUAAUGUCAAUGGUUUUACAGUCGUAGAUACAAUUUAGGUCCACUUUUUUUUGUAGCGAUGUAUUGCUCUCAUAUACGUCAUUUUUGUCCAUUCAGCCAAGACAGAAUAUUUUUGAGACAAAAAUAUUUUUUUUAUAAAUAAGCGAAAAUCCUUUUUAUCUGUCAAAUUAUAUAUUUCUUUAUCCAGAUUCUUAAUAGCCUUGUCUUCUUUAUGUUCUGUCUUCCCUGUAAGGGAUAAAGACCUAUACUCUGUCUUUGUCUUAGAACCGUACAACAUUGCUGGUUGGUUCAAUAUUGUACACGAGACAAUAAAAAUAUACAAAAUACAAUUGAACAGCGUCAUUACGGAGGCAAAUUCUUCAUAUACAAAAAGUUUAUUAGUUUAAUUACACUUGGAAGUAUUAUGAUAAUGCCACACUUCAAUAAAUAAAUGCCACACUUCGACAAAAAUAUAUUUUGGGACUAACUGAAAAAUACUAAUGUCAAUUUGAAGACAAAGUUUGACUUCUAAUAUUCAGGCAUCAGAUUUGUCAAUGCAAAACGAAAAUGAAAAUUAAGACACAUUAACUUCUUAUCAAGUUUCGAAAACAUGGUAUGAUUUAAAAGAAACGUAUUUUAAAGAAAUUAUAAAGAAAAAAGUAACUUUGUUAAUUUAUUGUUCUGCUGACACAAAUUCGAUGCCUAAAUCAAGUUUACGGCCUUGAUUUUAGCUAUAAAAUUAUGAAAUUGAAUAAUUUCACUAAAUAUAAUAAUUGUUUUCAUUUGAUCUAAAAUUAUUGCUUUAACCAAGGUUUUAAACUGUAAGUCCUUUUUCCAAUUGACUCUCGAUUUUUGUGCAAAUUUUUUACAAUUUGCAAUUGUGAAGUAAAAUCCAUUUAUGUUUAAUUUGAGAGUAAAUUCUCGUUAAGACUUUACGUUUGGCAUUUGUUGUCUCCAUUUUCCAAUGUUGCCAUAUAGUAACUAUUACCUCAUAAUCUGUCUUGCGAACGCUUAAACCUAUUAUUUCGCGCAAAACCGUGUUCUUCAUUAAAGUAGUUAGUCUAUUUAGAAAUACUUAUAUUAAUUGUUUAAAUCAAUUGUUUAAUGGGAGGCAUUUAGCCUGUGUGCAGAUGGAUGCAUCGAAGAGCGAUGCGUUUAAAAUGACAUUGCUAUGAUGGAUUCUAAAAGUAAAAUUUUAUAUAUAUCAAGAAAAUAUAAUUUUUCACUUUUUAGGCUUCAUUUUCUUGUUAAAAUGUGAAAAAAAAAUCGCAAAGAUUACGCGAAUUAUUAUUUUUUUCUUUUUUUUUUUUCAAGAAGCUUAUUGAUAAAUUGUUAAUAAGUAUAUUUUGACAUUGUACUAAAUGAACUGAUUUGUUUAUGUAGUUAAAAUUUAUGUAUAUUUUUAAUUUUUAUUUGUAUAUAAUUGAACAUUCGCAUCGCAUCUUUGAUGCAGUCAGAAACAAUGCAAUAUUGUUGAUUUUCUUUAUUUAUUUAUUUAGUUUGACACAGAUGAAUUUAUUUACUUAUUUUAUUUAUAUAGGAAAUGGAAAGACCAUUAUAAUGAAAUGAAUUUCAGCGGCUAUGAUAGGAAUGCUUGCUAUUUAACCUACAUUUUAGGGAUACGUUUGUUAUUGGUAAGUAAUCGUUUUAAAGUGUAUUAAGGUGCCACGACUAGCUUCUUUUAAAUUAGAUCUUGCGACUGGGGCAUUGCUUUCGUAUAUUUUCAAAAAAAGGAAAAAAAAAUGCUUGAAUAUUGUUCAUGAAUAGGUUUUUUCUUCUGUUAUUGUUUGGAUUAUAUUUUAUUAUUACAAUUAUUUUGCCAUUAAAAGCAUGUUAGAAAUGUAAAUUAUUAUGUUGUGUCUUUAAAAUUAUAAAAGUCUAACAUUUUUUUUUAAACUUUAAUGAAACAAAACCAAAAGCUAAAAUAUAUUCACAAAGGUAGCGAUGUUUAAUCGUCAGCUACAAAUUAAAAAAAAAAGAAAUUGUUGACAAUUUUAAGUUUCACAACAAUACAUUAUUAACAAUGACUCUACUGUCAUUGUUAAUAAUGUAAAUUGAGUUUAUCUACUAAUAUUGGACCUUCUUUAAGCUCAGUGGUAAUUUUUUAAGUUAUUAGAUGACGCAAAAUUAUUUAAAUUCUCUGUGCUUGUAAUUACAGUGCAAUCUUAACUAAAUAAACGAUAGUAGAGUUCGUAAUUAAUAAUGUUGGCCUACGACAAACAAGGAUAUACAACAGUAUAUCGGCUUUAAUGUUUGAUGGCUGUGAAUUACGUAAAUAUAGAAUAAAAGCAAAGCUCCAGUCGCCCCCUGGCUCGAGCCCCUUCAGUUAGCUCAACAUCUUUCCUUCCGUCCACAAAAUAUUGGAAUUUUUCAAAUAAAAUAAGCUUAAUUCUCCAAUGCAUUUUAUCAUCUCAAAAAGAACCCGCUUUUCACCCGUUAUUUUUUUAUCUCUUAAGUUUAAGGGUAUAAAAUGCUAAUAUGAAAAUGAUUUCAGAAUUUCUAUGUGACCAACGCUUAUAACAGCAUAUCUUUAUAAGAAUAUUGUGUGAUAUAACCUAAUUAUAAUUGUAAUAAAAUGUCCUUUAUACGUGAUUUUUUCUAUAAUACCAAAUU